UGAAUUUUUGGCAUGUCUGAACUUCAGUGAUUAAUAUACUUAAAUUGGGGUCAUUCCUCGUCAAAUCAACCACAUUUUUGGAAACUUCCCAGGCUCAAAUUUUCCAUUUUGUUAGGCUUUUUUUGAUUUUGUUUAUCUUUUCACCAUCAUUAUUUUAUUUUUACACAGAGAGUGGUAGGUCUAUUAGUUAAAUCGGUUGACUUUAGCAAUCUUUGUUGCAUUAUAUAUAUAUUGUAUAUCCAAAGCAACUUACAAUAUUGAAAAUAUUUAUAGGCCUAUAUAACCUUGUAUGUUGAGCAAACAGCUUUCUCCCUUCCACAGGGUUGUGUAGCUAGACCCGCCCACUUAUCCAAAUCACUGUAUCGCACUGACACAUGGGUUGACCAAUAAAAUAUUCGAUUGGGAACUUGUGCAACGAACUAUCCAAUAGGAUCGUACAUAAGGCGGGGCAUAAAGAUCAUACUUGGUUGAAUGGCAAUACAAAGACAAGAAGCACCAAAACGGCUGAUAUAACGCUUAAUCAAUUUUGUGUGCUUCGGUCUUGAGAAUUUGCAGGGAAAGGACGUGCAGCUCGUCCGUCACAGUCAACACGCAUCUCUUUUCGAGCAGGGCGGAUUCGACGCUCCUGUCGCGUGACAAUUCAUCUCUCCUCAUCUAUACGCCAGCGCUGGUGAUGUUGCUGCCACUGCAUCAAGACCUUUGGAGAUACCUAUCUGCACAGCACGGAUGAAGACUCCUUCGCUAAAGGACACUUGUGAGGUCAUCUUGGGGUGACGCAACUUACCAUGCAAGGAGCGUUGGAAAGCUCAGGUUUUCACAGCAAUCGUGAUCAUGUAAUCAUCUAGUGGGCUGCGACCAAAUAUUCACAGGUGUAGCUUGUGUGGAUCAAUGGAUCAAUGCAUCAAUGCAUACGCACCAUGGAGUCGUACUCUGCACGGUCGUCUCUUAUCACAUCACACUUUUUCGGACACUAUUUGCCCCUGUCACGAAAACGUGGAGAUCUGGCGUGACGGGUGUAGUGUCAGUUCUUAUUGAUUUGGACUAAACAACGCAGUUUUAAGAAGUGUGCGAAACAUACUUCAAGUGGGGUCGUCUAUUUGAAACGAACUUUUUUUGUUGAGAGAAAUAAAUAAAUAAUCAGCUAAAUUAUUAAAUGUAAAUUUAGUUGGGGGCACAUUUUUUCGAGGUAACGUUACAACUCGUGCAAACGCAAACUGUCAUCUGGCGCCACUAGCACAGUAACGUCAGUUAUCUAAAAUACUUUUUUUUUUUUUUUAAAGCUGAACACUUAAGUUGUAACACACAUGUGAUAUAUUAAAGUGAUACAUAAUAGUUCUUGUCAUGUUUUAUGGACCUAUAUCGUACGAAACUGAAGGCUCGCGAGCAGCUUACUGUUGUUAUGGUUACCUCAUCUAGCGAACGCGUCUUCUGUAUAUUUGUCGACAGGUGAAAAAAAACGCUCUCUGAUUAACUUAUCAAACUUUUAUUUAGUGCUGAAACUUUGAAACCUACAUAGGCUAGCCUAUACUGUAGCCUAUACAUAGCCUACGUGCGUGCUUUCAUUACGUUCACAAUCUUUUUUUCUUUUCUUUUCGCUGGGGGCUUGAGCCUCGUAAUUUAUACCCAGAGGUGGUUUGUGUUUUGAAAUCUAUGAAUUGAAAUGUUGCUCACAAUUACUCCCCGUUUACGUCCUCUAAUGUGCUCUAGCCACAUGGGGCUUUGUCCCAAAUGACUAGGCUACUUUGUAUAGCCUAUUUAAUUAUUUAAAGACCUCUAUGUAUUUAUACUAAUGUAAAAAUAGCAAAAUGCGAUUCUCUUUCCCAGCGAGUUUUUACUUCAAUAACUGUUCUCAUUUCACACUAGCCCUAACGUUACUUUAUUAAAGCAGAAUGCGAAAUGCUGCAAUGAAAAACUCUAAAGGGCCAGUUUUACUAGCUCCUUUUUAAUGAGAUCCACGUGUGGAACUAACUUUGAUUUUCUUUCCUUGUUUUGAAUCACCAGCUGACAGCAACGUUGUGUCUUAAAUCGGCUAAAUAAAUGUAGUAAUAUAAUAGCCCAUCCCUAAAAUAAUGACUUUAACACACCCUCUUUAGUGUAAAAGCGAUUUAGCUAUUUGGGAUCAUAGACGUUUGUAUGUUUGUUUAUAAAGUACGAAUAAUUCGAUGACGUUUAGUGGUCAAAUUUUGAAGAAAAAAAAAGAAGCUGUUAUCUGUUAUUAUCUGUUUGGGUUUCGGCUCUUCUUGCACAACAAAAACACCAACAUUCGUGGCGUGGAAAUCUAUUAUAACUUGAUAAGUAUAGGCUAACAAUAGUGGUUCUACAUCGUUGGAUAUUAUGCAAACAGCUACUAAGCCGCUGUUGCCAUGGUCACCUCCUCAAGCAAAGGUGAUUUGAUAUCUGUUCUCGAGCGCAGACUGACAAACUUUCGUGGCUACUGAAACAUUAUUUGAAAACACUGCUGAAACGUUGUUUGAAAACACUGCUGAAACGUUUACGAAACAAACUUGUAAGACUCCCGACCUUUUCUUUGAACUAAAACCUCAGUGGUUUGCACGCUGAAGUCUUAAAUUGCUUGUAGUAGCCUAGUCGAGAUCAUGUCCAGAUCUAACAGCGUGAGCCCACCCGGCGCUGGCGCUCCUGUGUUGAGGGGAGGGACGGAGCACAGAUCCGCUUGGGGCGAGUCUGAGUCCGUGGCGAACGGAUGUCCAUACUCGGCCAGAUCCUCCUGCAAAAAGCUCAUACGGUCCAACAGUCGGUGGAGAGAGGACGAUGACUUCGAGCUACAACCAGGCCGAGCCACGACCACUGUCAGCCGGGUUAGUUUCAGAUCCAAGUCUGCUUGGCAAGAACACGGAGAGGAGAGUCGCAACAAUAACCGCUCGUCCCCGAGGUGCUACCGAGAUGGAGAAGUGAGACCCAAGUCCGUGGAGGUGGGUUUGGAGGACAGAAGAACCAAGUCCAAGCCAGAGGAGGAGCUCAUGCCUGAAGUUAACUUUUCCAUGAGCGCGUGCUGCAGCGGCGUGAUGCAGAUUUUCAAAUCCAAGAAGUUCCAGUCGGAGAAGUUGGAGAGGCUUUACCAGCGCUACUUCUUCCGACUCAACCAGAGCAGUUUGACGAUGUUCAUGGCCGUUCUUGUGCUGGUGUGCGCAGUGAUGCUGGGGUUCCACUGCGCUGGAGGAGUGUGUCGGCUCACUUACGUGGUGGUUUUCUCCGCGACCAUCGUGCUCAUCCUCACGCUGAUUGUCUUGUGCAACAGGAACGGCUUCCAUCAGGAUCACAUGUGGAUAGUUUGCUAUGUGCUCAUUUUGGUGGUGCUGGCUGUGCAUGUGAUCGGUGUGCUCCUGGUGGAGCCGCGGAGCGCGUCUGACGGCAUCUGGUGGACCGUGUUUUUCAUCUAUGUCAUUUACACACUUUUGCCGGUGCGGAUGAGAGCGGCGGUCAUCACUGGAAUUAUACUGUCUGCCAUACAUGUGCUGGUCUCGUGGAAGUUGAACGAAAGGGACGUCUUUUUGUGGAAACAGCAACCAAGGCCUGUUCUUGCAAACAACAUCUAG